AUGUCUUCGUUCAAUGCAACACCACCGGCUCCCAAGCCCGCGACGUAUGAAUUCGUCGUUGGCCAGCGUCCGGACCAGCUAAAUGCCGGAUCCAACAAGAAGCUGCGGUCGCAUCUGUCCAAGAGAGGAUGGGAGGCCUACUUGGAGCAGAAGAAGCUCUCAUCGCCAGUCUCAGUCCGAGUGGAUGAAGCAGCUCAGCGCACCGAUGAUGGGGCUAGGCGAAAGAAGCGCAGGCGCCAUCGGCAGGCCAUUACCUGGGAUGUCGUGGAACCAGACGAUCCAAGGUUUCCAGGACCUGGAAAUGUCAGAGAGGCCAUGUUGGCCCUCAUCAAGACCGGAAGGCACACGCCUUUGGAGAAGACGCUUUCAAUCGACUACAGACUUGGAGGUGGACGCGUUGAUCCUUUCAAAUCGUAUCCUACGCCAUUUCGAUCUUACAUACCUCAUUUGGUGGACCACUACAUUAUCCACAUGGCCGUCGACAUCCCCGAACUUGACCAACCCGGAAACGCUGGUCUUCUUCGCAGUCGCUGGUUCCGCAUGGCCACAUCCGAAAUGUCCACGUUCCAAGUCGUCCUGCUCCUCGCCGCAGGCAACUUUGUCAGCGUCAAAGGCGCCGUGCCCGCAGAGCAAGGGUUUGACAUACAUCAGCUCAAAGGCGAUGCCAUCCAAUCUCUCAAAUAUGCCAUGAAUGACGAGGCCAAAGCCACAAGCGACUCCAUCAUCGGAGCGGUGGCCAAGCUGGCGAGCUUCGAGUCCAUGCAUGGGUCCGAGGCUGAUUUCCGGCUGCAUAUGGAGCAUACCAUUAGGCUGGUGAAUAUGAGAGGAGGGCUGAACAAUCUCGGUCUGGGAGGGCUCUUGCGACGGAUGCUCAUUUGGAUUGAUGUCAAUGGCAACUUUUUGUAUAAAAGGCCACGAUAUUGGCCUGGUGAGAACUUUGAUGGGAGUAAGGACUCGAUUUCGGAGCCUAACCCGGAGCGAUUCAUUGCCAUCUAAGUGUGUAUGGGUGCUCUAGGACUUGUUGUUUGGUCUUUCAUAUUCUUAUUUGGGGAUUCGGAUUUCCCCCCCUUUUCUUUCUGGGAAGCAACUCUAGCUCAAGCUCAGACUAAUGGUUUUUUAAUAAGUGUGUUAUUGGAAAGAUGGGAUCACAGCUACUUUUGUUUAGGAAAUAAUAAUUUGUCAUUUUUCUUGUAUCAAUCUUUCUUAGCAAGGGAAAAUAAAACGCCACCUUCAUAUAUAUUUUAUACAACUUGAGAGCAAAUCAGAGUAGAAAAACGUGAGAAAUUUGAAAAAAUACGAAAUAGGAAAUUCUCAUGCAAACAGGGAAACACUCCAAACGAAAAAAAAAGGUAUAUCGAAUAUAAAUCAAAAUGGUAUCCAUCAAAGAGAAUCAAACGCUUGGCCGUUUUGUUUUUGCUUCAUAUCACGGAGAACAAAAACCCGCUUCUUCCCUCCUCGCGCUUGCUUGCUUGCUUAACCGCUUCACAUCCCAUCUCCUUCUUUAUCAAAUCGACCCCCUUCCAGUCAAUCAAUCAUUCGCUAAUUAUUCCUCGAAAACGUUGCCGACGCAUCAACCAGCAGCGUAGCAAUGAGCAAAACACCAUUAAACCCAGCCAUCAUGUAAAAGGGAGUGCCGCUAGAUACUGUAUCGAACAAGUAGCCACCCAGCUUGGUAAGAAUCAGGAUAGCUGCACCGCCGCAAAGCGAGUACACGCCCGCAAUGGAGCCCUUGAGGCGCAGUCGCGAUACAAACUCUUCCUCCGUGACAAUGCGGAUCAGGGGCUCCGUCUCGGUGGAUUCGUCCGCAUCGGGGGCAAUGGCAUGACGGCGAGCAGCGCGCGGAAUUUCGACGGCGAGGACGCCCUUGCCGAGGGAGCCCAGACUGCAAACAAUGGAUCCGAUUUGGCUGAUGCCAAUGAGGGUUACAAUGACAAAGAUGUAGGGGGUGCCACCUCGGCCAUCAACGUCCUUGAUCUCGGGGCUUGAAAGCUGCGGGAAGAUGAUGUAGCCCACAAUGCCCAUGACGGUGGCCACGACAACGGGGUAGUUGACUCUACCUGGGUGGCGAGACAGGUAGCCGAAAAGAGGAGCACAGAUCAAGCCCAUGAGCUGCGCCACGCCAGUCAAGAUGGAGGAGAGGACAUACG